UCACACGUUCACAUACCAUCCAAUAUCUCGCUCCAACUCGUACGUUUCAAUCGAUGUGAUAGUUGGGAAAAAGUUUAGGGUUGGGCGUUUUUUAUUUGUCCCCACAGCUUUCUCAUUCUGCCGUCACCGAAAACUUAGCAGUGGUAAGAUUUUUAGAAUAGUGUAUUGGUAUCAUAUAGAAUCAAGAUAAUGCUUGAAAUGUGUAGUAAAAAAGUAGUACAGUAAAAUAAAUUUUAAUUAAUUGUUUACAAAAAAAAAUAUAGAAAAACGGAGGGUUGGGAGCACACAAAUAUGGGGCAUAACGUGCUUGGACCCAAAGUUAUAUAUUCGGGUAUAAGUAUUUCGAUGACUUAGGUGAGACCUCGCCUGCUGCUCAGUGUAAAUAAUAUUAGCUUAAUUAUCCACUCCACGCAUUUACUAGCGAUUGGAUCCGGACAAUAAGCAGUAUGGAAAAAGAAAAUUAACAUAUUUAUUUAUUCGGAAAAUUACGAAGCUCGUAUCGCCAUGUUUGUAUAUCAAUCUCUUAUACACCAACAUAAGACCAAAUACGAUAUGUUUGGUAUAAAGUGGCUUCAGACAUAAUCCAUAGUAACAAAACAGUUGUUGCGUCACAAUUACACAAAUGCUCCUAAUAAAUCGAAUUAAAACAUUGAAAAACAUUUUGUAACGGACUUGGCACGAAUACACUGUAUGCUACCAAGUCUUGGGUUUUCGAUGGUUUAAACAAGAAAUAUCAAAAUGGGUUGUUGUGAAAGCAAAGAGACUCCAAUACAAAGGAUAUCUCAAAAUGGCAAACCUGCAGUUCCCAUAAGAGCAAAGCGACCAAAAGAUCUUCUAUUUUUGAUUCUCUAUAUAGCAAUGCUUGGUGGUAUGGGUUAUAUUGCAUUUAUUUGUAUCAAGAAUGGCGAUCCGUCACGAUAUCUACACGGGGUCGAUUCCUGGGGCAAUAUUUGUGGAAAGAAGAACAACGAAAUAAUCCCAGGCGUCAACACCUCAGGAUUGGAUCGCUCGAAUUAUACUUACGAGUUAAGAAUGAGCUUCACAGACAUGCGACUUGCUUUGGACCCAAGCAGUUUGUUGAAAACUGGCAGUGGAGCUGCUGUGCUAUGUGUGAAAGAAUGUCCGGCUAAAUUGAUUCAAUGUAAACAACUGCUAAGCGACAACACAUACAACUUAAGCAUGAACGUAAUAAAUGAACGGAUAUGCACCAUGCCAUACGGCUGGAUACCAGCGCACACACAUAUUUUUAAUCGAUGUGUGCCACUACAACUGCUACAGGUUGGCAAUGUGAUCGCCUCCAGAGCUAUACAAGCUACUGGUGCUUCUGACUUACUCAUUUCUCCCAAUAACCAGACAAACGGGACAUCAUCGGCUCAACAAAACUCAGCUGUUUCAGUAAUCGCCCAUCAAAUGGUAACAUCCGUUGUUAACAAUUGGACAAACAUUGUGUAUAUGGUGCUUAUAUCUCUCGGCAUUUCCUUACUGAUGAUUGUGCUUCUUCAAAUUUUUAACCGUGUUAUAGUGGUCUUAAUAGUAAUACUUGCGGGUAUUGGUAGUGUGGCUGCAACGUCUUACUUGUGGUAUUGCUACGCUGUAUCUACUGGGUUUAUAAAUUCAACCGACGUUGAAAACACCGUGAAUGCUGUAAGUUCUAUCACCGGCAACUUAUCUGUGCUUGAUGUUGGCAACUUGUUGAAUCCUCUUUCUGUCGAUCCUUCGGUUAGAGAUUUUCAAUAUUUGCUUCCUCUCUGCAUUGCUGUGACGGUGGCGACUUUGAUUAUCCUUAUCCUUCUGGUGUGGGUGCGUAAAAGUCUCUGUCUUGUAGUAAAGCUUUUUGACGAAGCGAGUCUUGCGGUGUUUAAUAUGCCUGGUGUCCUUCUGCAACCUUUCAUUACAUUGACUUCUAUACUUGUGGUUUUAACUUACUUCUUGAUUGUUAGCGCUUACAUUUUUAGCAUUGAAGUUCCAAAAGUAGAUAUUAGCGGUAUGGUUAGCUUUGUGCAAAACCCGGACCUCUCAACAACUGCAUUAAUAGCUCCGCAUAUAUUUGGUUGCUUAUGGAUGAUGGAGUUUGUGUCAGGUUGCCAACAAGUUAUUAUUGCAGAAGCUGUUUCAAGCUGGUUUUUUAACCAGAGACAGAAAACUUGCAAAUACGACAUGUGCCCAACCCUUCGACCAACACUCCAUUUGAUUCUGUUUAACCUCGGAUCUGUUGCUCUUGGUUCUCUUGUUAUCGCAAUAGUUCAAUUUUUCCGCGUUAUCUUAGCUUAUAUACAGCGUCAGUUAAGAGGCAAAGAAAGCAAAACUGUUCGCUUUGUUUUAAAGUGCAUGGCGUGUUGCUUGGCCUGCUUUGAAAAGGUACUAAAGUACAUUAGUCGUAAUGCUUACAUUUGCGUUGCAAUGUAUGGUGAUAGUUUCUGCACAGGUGCCAAACACGCAGUGUCGCUGCUAAUCAAGAACGCACAAAAUGUGCUUGCCCUCAACUGCGUCAGUGGAUUCUGCCUUUUUCUCGGUAAAGUUUCUGUUGUUGUUUUAACUGCUUUCGUCGGAGUCGCUUGGUUCACAGCUAAGUUAGGAACUCGUGCAUCUGCAGUGGACUAUGGUGCACCUCUUACAAUAUCUUGCUUUUGCUCUUUUGUUAUUGCGUCUGCGUUUUUUAACGUUUAUUCAAUGGCGAUAGAUACCAUAUUCCUCUGCUUUUGUGACGAUCAGGAACGUAACAAUGGGUCCGAUCGACCCUACUUCAGCAGCGUCGCGCUUCAGAAAUACAUGACAAGACCCCCUGGUGGAAAAACAAAGAAAAACAAGAAGACACCAGCCAAGUCCGCAAGAACCCGCAGUAUACACCCAGCUAAAUAACAUGAUGUUAUGCGCUAUGCCAUAAUAAUAAAUGUUUACUCCAAAACUUUAGUGAUUAUUGGGCAAGAUUAGUCUGGUAGAAACUGUUACAGGUUGGUGGUUAGGGAGCGGCUAUAAGAGUAAAGAUGGGGUUAGAGGGUAGUUUUAAUAUGGUUCGUAUGUCCGUUUAGACUAGAGACUCUUAAGGAGUCGACAACGUACUGUCCAGCACCAAUUAAUAAUAAGGUUCGAGACUUGAUGCUGCCGGUUCUGCAGGCGUUUGUGCUCUUGGGCAACACACAACGGUAAUUGAUAAGCCAGUGGCCAUUGACGGGCUGUCCACUAUCAGCCUUGAAGACAAAAUAAACAACCUCAACAAAUAACCCGCGUAAAUGUGGUAACUCGGGUGCAUGAAAAUUAGACACCCGUGUUAUAACAAUUGAACAUCACGGCCACGCAAGGAUAAGCAGUCUCUACUAACUUUAGGA